AUGCCGGGCGAGUCGAGUGCGCUGCGAUACGCAGAAGCCCGUCUGCACCCGGUGCAGGGAGAGGGGGCUAGCCUGCUCGACCGAGCUAGUGCUAAAAUGGGAGUCGGAGAGUGGUGCGAUGUGCCGCUUGUUGAGCCGUGGGGGUUCGUGAAUAGCGGUGUGUCGACUUUUGAGCAGCCGAAUCAGGUGAAUAUCGCCUGCGAUGAGCUGAAUGGUCUCGUCGUUCGGCGGAGAGAGCCGGUGUUGUCGAGGGAGUUGCUUGCGGAUCCGGGCUCGCCUUUGGUGCUCGAUGUGGUCGACUAUCACAAUACGUUCCAGCACGUCCAGCAGCUCCAGGGCCCAUCGGCCUCGUUGUCGUUGUUUCCCAACAUCCCGCCGACGGACCACCGGGGUCUGUUUGACUACUAUCUGCAACAUGUGUGUCCUCGGACGACGCCGAGCUCCAGAGCGUCGUCGCCGUUUGCGUCGGUGAUUCUUCCCUUCUGCCUAUCCGCGUCGCCAACUCUGUUCCACGCCAUCCAAGCUCUCGGGGCCUGCCACUGGUCUCGCUUCAACCCAGACUACGGUACUGUUGCAUUGCGCUUCAAGUCACAGGCUCUGAAGGGUCUUCGAUAUCGGCUGUCUAGCGAGGGAUCACUGAGUUACUCGCAGGACCCAGAGGUGCUUGUGGUCAUGAUGAUGCUGUGUCUCUACGAAAUUGUGGAUAACUGUGACCAACGAUGGACGGUUCAUUUGAAGGGAGCGAAAGACUUGAUUCGAUUUAAGCGCCAGCGACAGCUCGAGCCAUCUAGGGCCACAGAUUCGGACCCCGUGUCGUCUUUCGCAGAGCGGUUCUUCGCGUUCCAAGACGUCAUGGGCCGCACGGCAUGCGGCGAGGAGGUCCUGUUUGGAAGCGACUACUGGCAAGAACACGAGGGCAAGGUCGACCUCUGGAUGGGAUGUAGCCCCGAACUGGUCUCCAUACUGUCGUCCAUCACCGAAUUGAGUCGGACCCGCCGACGACUUUCUUCAGACUCUGCGCGCGCAUCGUUUUCCCUACGCGCUGCAUCCUUGACACGGAAGCUGGAGGGCCUAGUGCAGGAGAUUGAUGACGACGACGACGAAGCUCUUCAGUCUGCCGCCGAGCUGAAGCGCUUGGCCGCGGUGCUAUACCUGCAUUGCGCCUUGUAUGGCGCGUCACCGGGCACCCCGCUGGUGGUCAACUACGUCCGCCGGAUCCUGCGCAUUGUGUCCGAUCUACUGGAUUCAGGCUCCCUCGUGAGCAUGACAUGGCCGGUUUUUGUGGCGGCGGUCGAGUUGGACCCUGUCCAUGACGAGCUAUGGUCCGAACCUGGCGACGAGUCCUCGGUUGUAUACGGACGGCCCCUGGUCCUCCGUGCACUGGCGGCAAUGGCAGAAUCGAGUGUCUCCAAUGUUGCCCGGACCCGCGCCGUCAUCGUCAAGGUAUGGCAGGCGCGGGAUAACGACAUGCUGAAGGGGUCUCCGGUAGAGACUUCCAACGAUCCAACGAGCUGUAAUGACUGGGAGUGGUAUGUUGCGCCGAUCAGUACGGCCAUGAGCUUAGCAUGA